GUGCGGCGUUGAAGGACCUCAAGGCCUCGGCCCAAUCACUCUUCCUUGGGAUCGUUUGCUAUUCAACACUCCAGUAUUGCGGAUACUGGCGGACCAGUAACGUUAGCCGUGCUCGCGUCGUGAGCUCAGAAGGCAGCUGUCAAAGUGCCGAUUAUUUUUGGAUUAAGUGUAAACAGGAGAGCAGCGCGCGUCCCGGCUGCUCAUCCACUCAUCACCCGAGCGGCGUGAAGCGGGCUUUUCUGAAAUGGAGGCCAGGAGGGAAGAGAGCCCCGGCGGCAGGCCCCAGGAUACUCGACCAUAAGCUAGCACUGUUAGCCGAGACUGCCUGCACUCGGUCGGAUACAUUUCCACUGUUUUUAUACGCGCCUCGCAGCGGAUCUCUUUUACUUCGCUUUGCGCCACUUAGUUAUUUAGUGGAAAUACACUUUUUGUUCGGGGGAUCAACCAUUUUGUUUCUGAGAAACUUUGUCAAAGUUGUUUAUUUUCCGUUACUGCAUCGUUAAUGCACUGAACAACAGACACAACCACCCUCGGAGUGUCUUUAAACGCAGUAUUUGACUUCCUCUUUGCACACAUUUCAGUUUCUCGUGCCGUUUACGCGACUCUGACAGUCACUCUGUCGUUGUUAUUGUUUCGCCGCAACCGGAGGACUGACCACAAAGCGUCCCGAUGGAGGAUAAUGACAACAUGGACUAUUUUUACCAGCAGGUUUUGCAGAAGGACGUGACCCGCCGGCUGCAGGUCGGCCCGGAUCUCAUAGACUACCUGAACGACCCGCAGAGGUCCUGGGAUGUGGAUCAGGACAAAUCCCGCCUGGAUAAAACCAUAGAUGAGCUGACGGGAUGGGUCAACGCCAGCAAUUACAAGGUUGCAUUGCUGGGGAUCGAUAUCGUCAGCGCAUUUGUGGAUCGGAUGACUGAUCGCUUCAGAGGUUAUAUCGGCACAGUGGUGCCCGCAUUAGUUGAUCGUUUGGGUGAUGCAAAGGAUCAGGUUCGAGAACAGGCACAAGCACUCAUUUUGAAGCUGAUGGAGCAGACGGCAACACCCAUGUAUGUUUGGGAGAGACUGUUUCCUGCCUUCAAACACAAAAACUUCCGCUGUAGAGAGGGACUCUGCUUGUGCUUGGUUGCCACACUAAAUGCUUAUGGUGCUCAGCCCUUGAGUUUGAGUAAAUUUGUUCCACAUCUCUGUUCGCUAACAGGAGACCAAAACCCCCAGGUACGAGAAGCAGCUAUGACAUCCCUAGUGGAGGUGUAUCGGCAUGUGGGAGAGAGAGUGAGGGCAGACCUCAUCAAAAGAGAUCUACCAUCUGCGCGGUUACAGGCCAUUUUAAACCGUUUUGAUGAAGUACUGAAUUCGGGGAACAUGGCUCUAAGCCUGAGUCAAGAUCGUAGUUUUGACGAUGAUGACUCUGUGGAUGGAAGCAGGCCGUCAUCGGCUCAGGCUGCGUUUAAAGUGCCCAAAGUACCCAAGAAACCUGGAGACUCUGCCAGCAGUUCCAGACGACCCAGUGCCACUGGAGCUGCCAAGACAGGUGCCUCUAAGGAGGGGGCAGGAGCUUUGGAUGAGGAGGAUUUUAUCAAAGCAUUCACAGAUGUCCCCACGGUUCAGAUCUACUCCACACGAGACCUGGAGGAUAAUCUGAACAAGAUUCGCGAGGUUCUGUCUGACGAUAAACAUGACUGGGACCAUAGAGCAAACGCGCUAAAGAAAAUUCGAUCUCUGCUGGUUGCCGGGGCAGCAGACUAUGAUUGUUUCUACCAGCACCUGCGUCUAUUGGAUGGCGCAUUUAAGCUGUCGGCAAAAGACCUGCGUUCUCAGGUGGUGCGGGAGGCUUGCAUCACGGUGGCGCAUCUUUCCACACUAUUAGGGAAUAAGUUUGAUCAUGGAGCAGAGGCCAUUGUUCCAGUGCUCUUCAAUCUUAUCCCUAACUGUGCCAAAGUGAUGGCCACAUCUGGCACUGCAGCCAUACGCAUCAUCAUACGGCACACUCAUGUCCCACGUCUAAUUCCUCUCAUCACUGGUAACUGCACGUCAAAGUCUGUGGCUGUCCGGAGGCGCUGUCAUGAGUUCUUGGACCAUCUGCUGCAGGAUUGGCAGACUCACUCUCUGGAGAGGCAUGUGGCUGUGUUGGUGGACAGUAUUAGGAAGGGAAUCAAAGAUGCAGACUCGGAGGCUCGUGUGGAGGCCAGGAAGGCAUACUGGGGGUUGCGGGCUCGUUUCCCCGGGGAGGCAGAGUCUCUGUAUAACUCAUUAGAACCGUCCUAUCAGAAGACACUUCAGUCGUGUCUAAAGAGCUCGGGCAGCGUGGCGUCCCUGCCACAGUCGGAUCGCUCGUCCUCCAGUUCGCAAGAAAGCCUUAAUCGGCCACUGUCAAAGUGGUCAGCUGCUCCAGGCAGAGUGCCUGCUAGUUCGAAAUCAUCAGGAUCUCCAGGCUCUUUGCAGCGGUCCCGCAGUGAUGUGGAUGUCAAUGCAGCUGCCGGUGCUAAAGCCAGACACGGCGGACAGGCUGGAGGGGCGGGCCGAGUCACGACAGGCCUGGCCCCUGGAUCAUACGCAUCUCUCGAUGAUGCCUCUGAUAAGGAUGGGCGACUACGGACUAAGCAGACUUUAUCAACGGCAUCUAGUGUGGGCAGCAGUCAGGUGGACUCGAGAGGCCGGACCAGAUCAAAGAUGGUGUCUCAGUCACAACGUUCCGACGAUUCUGAUUGCACGCCAGCGGGUUCUCGCUCAGUCCCAGGCCGGGUUUUGACCAGCACAGCUCUGAGCACACUCAGUACAGGAGCUCAGCGUGUGAGCGCAGCUCCGGGCUCCCACCGUCGCAGCCGGAUCCCACGCAGUCAAGGCUGCAGUCGAGACUCCAGCCCCACGCGCCUCUCUGUUGCUCCUUCAAACAUCAGCCACAUCUACAAUGGAUCAAAAGGAGCGAGGGGUAGUCGUAUACCACGGCCUAGUGUGAGUCAGGGCUGCAGUCGUGAGGCCAGCCGAGAGAGCAGCAGAGACACCAGCCCUGUGCGCUCCUUCACGCCGCUCGCAUCCCGGCAUUAUUCUCGCUCAACUGGUGCUCUUCAUGCCCCAGAUGCCUUCGGGGCAGCAGGUUCUGGGUUGGGUAUGUCUCAGUCCAGUCGUCUCUCAUCCUCAGUUAGUGCCAUGAGAGUGCUGAACACAGGAUCGGAUGUGGAGGAAGCGCUGGCUGAUGCUCUGCUAUUAGGAGAUAUGCGGGGCAAGAAGAAACCAGCUCGGCGGCGGUAUGACACCUAUGGGAUGUACUCGGAUGAUGAUGCAAAUAGCGACGCCUCCAGCGCGUGUUCAGAGCGUUCGUACAGCUCCCGGAAUGGUAGCAUUCCAACGUAUAUGCGGCAGACUGAGGAUGUGGCAGAAGUGCUCAAUCGCUGUGCCUCUGCCAAUUGGUCUGAGAGAAAAGAGGGGCUGAUGGGAUUGCAGGCGUUGUUAAAAAACCAACGAACUCUCAGCCGUGUUGAGCUGAAGAGGUUGUGUGAAAUUUUCACGAGGAUGUUUGCAGACCCACACAGCAAGGUGUUCAGCAUGUUUUUGGAAACACUGGUGGACUUCAUUGCGGUUCAUAAGGAGGAUCUUCAGGACUGGCUCUUUGUGUUACUAACACAACUGCUGAAGAAAAUGGGAGCGGAUCUGCUCGGCUCAGUACAAGCCAAAGUGCAGAAAGCCCUAGACGUCACAAGAGAAUCUUUCCCGAAUGAUCUACAGUUCACUAUUCUAAUGAGAUUCACAGUUGACCAAACACAGACACCCAACUUAAAGGUGAAGGUGGCCAUUUUGAAGUACAUAGAAACACUCACACUACAAAUGGAGCCACAGGAUUUUGUCAACUCGAGUGAAACCAGACUGGCAGUGUCACGUAUUAUUACAUGGACCACCGAACCCAAGAGCUCCGACGUCAGAAAGGCAGCACAGUCUGUGUUGAUCUCGCUGUUCCAGCUGAACACACCAGAGUUCACAAUGCUUCUAGCUGCACUGCCUAAAACCUUUCAGGAUGGAGCCACCAAAUUGUUGCAGAACCACCUACGGAACACAGGCAACACAGCCCAGGCUCCAAUGGGAAGCCCUCUCACCCGACACACUCCAAGAUCACCAGCCAGUUGGUCGAGCCCUUUAACGUCCCCUACCAACACAUCACAAAACACACCUUCACCAAGUGCAUUUGAUUACGAUACCGAGAACAUGAACUCUGAGGAGAUCUACAGCUCCUUGAGAGGAGUCAGUCAGGCCAUCCAGAACUUUAGCGUCCGCAGCCAAGAGGACAUGACGGAGCCACCGCGGAAAAGAGAUGGAGAUGGUGGAGAAGAGGGUGGUGAUCAGCCCACAGACUCUGGUCGGACAGCGCUGGAUAACAAGACCUCUCUGCUAAAUACUAUGCCACUCCUCUCCUCGAGUCCCCGCCCAACAAGGGAAUACCAGCCAGUCAGCUACUCUGACUCCUCCUUCACCUCCUCCCCUUUCAAUAAAAGUAUGAAAGAUGCAGACCAAGAUGCUGAGUCCCUCACCGAUGACAGUGGUGUGGACCAGUCUGAGGUGGUUGCUGAGCUCCUGAAGGAGCUGUCGAAUCACAGCGAGCGGGUUGAAGAGAGGAAAGCCGCGCUGUGUGAGCUAAUGCGGCUGAUCAGAGAAACGCAACUGCAUGUUUGGGACGAGCACUUCAAAACCAUCCUCCUGCUGCUCCUAGAAACGCUCGGGGAUGGAGAGCAUGUAAUUCGGGCAUUAGCACUGCGGGUGUUGAAGGAGAUCCUAAACCGGCAGCCGUGGCGCUUUAAAAACUAUGCGGAACUCACAAUUAUGAAAACCCUGGAAGCACAUAAAGACCCACACAAAGAGGUGGUACGGGCUGCAGAAGAGGCAGCGUCUAUGUUGGCGACCUCAAUAAGUCCUGAUCAGUGUAUUAAGGUGUUGUGCCCCAUCAUCCAGUCGGCUGAUUACCCCAUCAACCUAGCUGCCAUCAAGAUGCUCACCAAAGUCAUUGACCGGCUGCCCAAAGAGGGUCUCAUUCAAAUGCUCCCUGAGAUCGUCCCUGGGCUCAUUCAGGGUUAUGAUAACUCUGAGAGCAGUGUACGAAAGGCGUGUGUAUUUUGCCUUGUGGCCAUCUAUGCUGUCAUCGGAGAGGAUUUGAAACCACACCUCAGCCAGCUGUCUGGCAGCAAGCUGAAACUGUUGAAUUUGUACAUAAAGCGAGCUCAGAGCGGCUCCAGUGGAAGUGACCAGUCUUCAGAUUUGGGAGGGCAGGGCCUGUAGCCGUGCCGCCACCAUUCAGAACUACAGCACUCUCUUAGUGCAGGGGGACCCUAGCUGGCUUUUUAACUCACAUGCAUACACAAACAAACACCUACACACGCUUGCCUACAGAUACACAAAGCCGCAUGCACCUACACUGCUGGACACCCUCCUCCGGCCCCACAAAACCUUCCAGUGGGAUAUGCGUCGAGGAGCGGCGUCAGACUGAAACUCUUCCUCCAAACUAGGAUCACCAUCACUCCGUGUGCAUGUCCGAGAAACCGCUAUCUGUGACACAGUUGGUGGACUGCUGAUGUAGUUUUGUUGCCUUGUCAGUGAGAAGAUCGUGUGUGUGUGUGUGUGUGUGUGUGUGUGUGUGUGUGUGUGUGUGUGUGUGUGUGUGUCAGACGGGGAGGGCGGAAACCCAGCAGAAAGAGGGGGGUGUCGUGGGUGUCAUUUUGUGCAACAUGGAAAUUGUUUCUUUUUAUCAAAGAGCUUUUGAGAAACUCAGAUUUUUAAGAUGAAGUUCAAAACUUCUUGGUCUGAGCGACGUGUCAUUAACUCACUAUCGAUUAUUAUUAACAGUCGUAUCAGUUCAUAACAGUGAGCGGUUGGUCCAGCUUGCUCUAUUAAAAGACAUACUUUGCUUGGCUUUAUGCAUGUCAUGAAUAAAUCUGAAACUUUUUAUCUGGUUGCGUACAUGGCUUAACGGGCCACGCGUCAGUUGCCCCGCACACCCAAGAUUCUCAUCACAGCAAGGCCACAUGUAAUACCACACCACAUAGGCAAUAUGUAUCUAUAUAUACCAUAACAAAGGAUUAUUCAAGAAGAUCUUGUGAUGUCCUGAGGGCGUGUGGAUUCUUUUACGUAGCAUAGCGUCAUUCUUCUCUGAUGGGGAAAUUUGUAGAAAUGUAUUUACUCAUCUAAAUGCCGCGACUGUCUUGUCACUUCUUUCCUGUAGUGUCGGUCUUUUUCCCCCGGGAGGAAGUUCUCUUUCUUCCCACUGCAUUUCUAGAACUGUGCUAACGAUGAAAUUAAAAUAAAGAAAAUGUACAGUAAUGA